AUGUCUAGUAAAAUAUUUUUAAAAUCUAUAAAGGUUAUUAAUGAAAAAGAUGGGUUUAUUGAUCUUUACGGGCAGGUUAUUAUACAACAUUUUAAUGACGACAAAGAGAAAAUAGUGAUGAUAGAAUACACUGCUAAUUCUUGGACCACCGGCGAUAGUGUAAUUGCACUACCAUCAUACACUCUUUCUAAUUAUGGAGAAUUAUAUUAUUUUGAAAUUUCUGUCUUUAAAAUUCCUAACAUACCUUUACACCUUGAAUUGCUUGCGCGGUUUGAUGUUGAUGAUUAUACCUUUUGGGCUAAUAGCAGCUAUCAAUAUUUAUAUGAUGAGGGUGAUCCCAAAGAAUUCUUUUUUAAUGAUGCUGUCAUUAAAAAUACCUCUCAGAAAAGUUCAAUAGAUAAAAAUGUGUUAAAACUGGAAGAAGAACGUAGACGAUUGGAAGAAGAACGUAGAUUGCUAGAAGAAGAGCGUAAUCGAUAUGAGGAAGAAUGUAAACGUAGACAACAAGAGGAAGAUCGAAAAAGACUAGAGAAGGAGCGUAGAUUACUAGAGGAAGAACGCAAACUUCUAAAAGAAGAGCGAAAGCUGUUUGAAGAAGAACGCAAACAACAAGAUCCUAAACAAAUCAUCAGAAAGAAGGAAUGUUCUAGAUGCUUAAAAAACCUUGAAAUUAAAGUCUUUUUGAAGAUUACAGACCAAUGUGGUCAUGAUGUUUCUAUAUGUCAUAAGUGUGUAGGAAACCAUAUUGAACGUGAACUUAAUAAAGGAAAUAUCAAAAUAUUAUGUCCUGAAAAUAAUUGCCAUAAAGUAUUGAAUGAGAAAAAUGUGAAAAAUUUUGUCAAUAACGAAGUAUCUGAACGGUAUAUGCUAAAUUUUGUAUUAUCGAAAAUUCCUACUUUUAAAUGGUGUUUAAAUCCAACAUGUGGAUCAGGACAAGACCAUUAUCAAGGAGAUGACGUUCCGAUAAUGAUUUGCAAUACAUGCAGUCAGAAGACAUGUAUCGUGCAUGGAAUCCAAAUUGAAAUUGAAUGUAAGCAAUGUAGGCAACUACAAGAAAUAGAUGUAAAAAUAGAUUGUAUAAUAUGCACUGAGAGUGUUAAUAUCGAAGCCUUUUUGAAUAUUACUGAUCAGUGUAAACACAACUAUAAUAUAUGUCGUGAAUGUGUGGGAGAAUACAUCAAGCACGAACUUGAAGAUAAUGGAAAUUUCAAAAUCACAUGUCCAGAAGAUGGAUGUAACGAAAUUUUGAAUCAAAAAGAUAUAAAAGAAUUCUCAAGUGAGGAGACAUUUAAACGGUAUGAAAGAUUCACGCUAAAUUUUGUAUUAUCGCAAAUUCCUACUUUUCAAUGGUGCUUAAAUCCGAAUUGUGGAUCAGGACAGGACCAUUAUCAAGAAGCAUCUCAAAAUGCUGAGAGUGCAUCCGAAUUUUACAUGAGUCAACUAAAGCAAUGCCCAAACUGUAAGUGUAGAAUUGAGAAAAAUGGUGGAUGUAAUCAUAUGACAUGUAGAAGACCUGGAUGUGGACAUCAAUUUUGUUGGAUGUGA